AUGAAGGAAAAAAAACGGUUGAACCAUCAUAUUCAUAAUGGCCUUUUGGGAUCUAACGAAGACGACAUUCAACAUUUUUCCUGGUCUUCUUAUCAUGCUCAAGAGCAGCGGGUCAAAGACAAACAUAAGGACACAUCGGCUUUGAUGCCUCUCUUUAAUGAAAAAUCAAAUACUCACAGUAUGAUCAAGCAUUCUAUGGAUUUGGUGAAAACAACAAUGCAAUAUCUUAAUAAGAAUCAAACCCCGGUAAUGUGUUUCGAUCAGCCACUCUACACUAUAUGUAAAACCAUCCAAUGGAACUGGCCAGAAAUAUACGGAGAGGAUAAAUUUGUUAUUCUAAUGGGUCUUCUUCAUAUCGAACAAUCUUUUUUACGCAUUUUGGGCCAGGUCUUAGAAGGUAGCGGUUGGGUGGAUCUAUUAGCCAAUUCCAACAUUAUAACUGAAGGAUCAGCAGAAUCAGUUACAAAGGUAACUCAUAUUUUAAGAGCAAGAAGGAUGCAUCAAAUUUCUGCAGCUACCCUUUAUUCCCUUCUAAUUGAUGCUCAUGAGAAUGAAGAAACAGACAAGACAUUACAUGAUUGGAUUGAUGAGAAAAGCAAAUCCUCACCUAUGUUUAAGUAUUGGUUUAUGGUUCUUAACCUUCAAAUUCUAUUGCUGACAUUUGUCCGAUCAGUUAGAAGUGCAGACUUUGUUAUUUUUAAGCAGUCUUUGAAAAACAUGAUACCGUGGUAUUUUUUAUUUAGUCACUAUCACUAUUCAAGAUGGCUAUCUGUUCACAUCAAAGAUUUAGAAGAACUCCAGCAUAAAGCUCCUGAUGUAUAUGAGCAGUUUAGAUUAGGAAAAUUUCUGGUGCAGAAAUCGACAAGAUCAUUUUCAGCUUUAGGAGUAGACCAUGCCCACGAGAGUGGAGCGAUUGGUCUUACAUAA